CUCUCCAUCCAUCGUAAUGGAACCCAAGCCAGAGCCUCUCUCCAGCGACUUUCCUCCCAUGUUCUAGGAGCCCACACACCAUCCACAGCGUCAGAUAGUACGGCCGUCUCCCGAAUGCGACACCAGCUGCCGCGCCCACCUUCUCUAAUGCCCACGACCUCUCUGCUGUACGCCGCGACGUCUGUGGCUCCACUCCUUUCAUUCACUACGUCGCCUAAGUGAACUGUACUCAACACUAUAUUGUCGCAACUCGGUGCGUAGAUGGGACUACCAGCAGACAUGGAUCGAAGACACCCUCCCCGAUCACAAACAAGCUCUACACCGCCAACUAGUACAAUGUCGCGCUCUACAACUUCGUACGAUCUGGCCUCCUCAAUCGAGGCCAUUUCGGAGCCACGAUCUGAAUAUUUGCGACGUGCCUUGAUGGAGCGCAAGCAGCGACGGUCCACCAGACUUUCCGUGCCCCAUAUCGAGACACCGCUGGUCAGAUCUGCGACUCCUGAUACACUCGACCUACAAGCGCGCCGUCUAGAAGAAGAUGUCUUGGACGAUGCCUGGACACAGGAAGCUGGCUUUGAAGAACCCCACACUCCCAGGAUGUCUCAUCUUCGACGCGCAAGCACUGCCGGCACAGGGAAGCACAGAGGUACUCCUACUCAAGAUAUGGAAACAAGUAUGGCUAAGCUCGAAAGGACAAAUUUUGACCUGAAGAUCCGCGUGACUAUGCAGGAGGAACGCGCAAAGAGACUGGAGAUCGAGCUGAAGGAAGCUCUGGACAAGAUCAAGGACCUGGCGCAAGUAAAUGAGAUCAAGGACCGUCAGAAAGAAGAGCAAGAUGAACGACUUAAAGAUCUGGAAGUCGAAAACGCUGCGCUUGUGUCGGACAACCAGGAGAUGUUCACUCUCUACGAUGAACUUGUAUUGGAUCUGGAGCAGAAAGAUCACGCCAUUACCGAGGCUGCCGAUAUGGUGUGUGAGGUCGAGGAUCAGAAAGACGCGCUGGAGGCUGAAUUGGCUCUGUCAAACGAGAAACUCCUGCCUAUCCCAAACCCCGAACAACGACUACCGUAUCCCGCUCAACGACCUAUUGGAAGACGUGGGAGAUCGCAUCGAUGAGUCUACUACGGGCGAAACGACCGACAUUUCGACAUU